GUUGUACACUUGGCAAAGCUUGUUCCUAUCCAAAGGAAUAUCGUCAGUGGCACAAACUCACGGGCAAACAGUACCGAUCCAAAGACCGUUGGACUGUUCAGUUGUCUCCGAACCCCCGAACUGUUCGGACGUUUACGUGAUUACGUCGUGAUAAUAAAUCCCCGAAAUCUCACUAGAAGAUAUCACCCCAAUUGUGAAAUACAACGUGAACAUUAAUUUUUAGUUAAUUUUAAUCAAGCCAAGAGACGACAGUAGCCCGAGGGGUGGAAAUAUAAUUUACUCAUUCCGUUGGACUCGUCAGCAGACAAUCAGCAAAAACGUAGCCAAAAGGUAGAAUGGUGGCAUCGCAGAACGACGGUGGAAGAAGUGGUGGUGGUGAAACGAAUUCCGUAGGUGAUGAGCACGGUACAGCAGUUUACACAGUAUCAGUGAGUGGUGGAUACAGAAAUGAGGGGUACAAAGAGGACAAUGGCGACGGUAUACCCCCAGAGCCAACAAAACCCCCGGCAUUGCCAGCCCCAGAGGAUGACACACAGUCCCGCAAGCUAAAAAUGUCAAGAAGUGAAAAAUGGCGAAUACUGAAAAAUAUUGGCACAGUAUCAGUGGCAUUCAUGGUGCAAUUCACAGCAUUUCAGGGUACCGCUAAUCUACAAUCAUCGAUAAAUGCCAAAGAUGGUCUUGGCACUGUAUCGCUGUCAGCAAUCUAUGCGGCACUUGUGCUGUCAUGUAUUUUUGUACCGACAUUCAUGAUCAAGAGAUUCACUGUCAAGUGGACAUUGUGUCUGUCGAUGCUGUGUUAUGCACCGUAUAUUGGAUCGCAGUUUUAUCCGAGGUUUUAUACACUUGUACCAGCUGGAGUACUUCUGGGUCUUGGUGCUGCACCCAUGUGGGCUGCUAAAGCCACUUAUUUGACACAAGUCGGUGGUGUUUAUGCCAAAUUAACUGAUCAGCCUGCCGAUGCUAUUGUCGUCAGAUUCUUUGGAUUCUUUUUUCUUGCUUGGCAAACAGCUGAACUCUGGGGCAAUCUCAUUUCAUCUCUCGUUCUCAGUGAAGGAGAAUUCGGGAGUGGUGGUGAUGAGAAUGCCACAAACUUCAAUCUAGAAAAAUUGAGCACCUGUGGUGCACACUUCUGCACGAUGGGUGGUCAUCACGAGGUAGAACGACCUCCAGAGUCCGAGAUCUUCGAGAUUUCUUCGAUAUACCUGACAUGUGUCAUUGUCGCUGUGAUAAUCGUCGCCCUCUUCGUGGAUCCGCUGUCCAGGUAUGGUGAGAAGCAGCGACGCGCUGAUAGUGCAGAACUCAGUGGGAUACAGUUGUUAUCUGCAACUGCCUAUCAACUUAAAAAACCGUACCAACAGCUUCUGAUACCGAUCACGGUGUGGAUUGGAAUGGAGCAGGCAUUCAUUGGUGCAGAUUUUACUCAGGCUUACAUCUCGUGUGCCCUAGGUGUCCAGAAAGUUGGGUACGUCAUGAUCUGCUUCGGGGUGGUAAACGCUGGUUGUUCACUCCUCUUCGGAUCAGUCAUGAAGUUCGUGGGAAGGCAGCCCUUGAUGGCCCUCGGGGCAGUGGUCCAUGCAGCCCUCAUCGGCGUUCUCCUAGUCUGGAGGCCUCAUCCUGAGAACUCCUACGUCUUCUACACGGUCUCCGGUCUCUGGGGUGUGGGUGAUGCAGUCUGGCAGACUCAAGUCAACGGUUUAUACGGUACACUCUUCAGGCGCAACAAGGAGGCUGCAUUUUCAAACUACCGUCUCUGGGAAAGCGCUGGUUUUGUCAUUGCUUAUGCCUACAGUACACACUUGUGCGCAAGAAUGAAGUUAUACGUCAUGUUAACAGUAUUACUAGUUGGUACAAUGGGUUACAUAAUCGUGGAGAUACUCCACAGGCGAAAGCAGAAAAGAUUGAAGGCACUUGCUGAGGAUCCAAAGGCAGCAGCAGCAGCUGCUGAGGCAAAUGUGCCUGAAGAAACUGACGAUGAGAAGGACGACAUCGACGACGACAUCAUCGUAACACACCUCUGAAUAUUCAAACGAAUAGAUUAAUGAUAAAGCUACUUUCACGAGCAUCAUUGAGGGUUUUUCCUCAAUUUUUAUUUAUCAGAAAGGCCUCUAGGGCUUCCUCGUUACGACGUCUCUCAAGCCAACGCUCGUCGGCCCGCACACGAAAUCAUAAAUACAAUGAAACAAUUACGAUCAUCAGUUGUCACGUGCUGGACGACGAUCGAUUAUUUAUGAGGACGAGAAUUAUGCUUGAGAGACGUUUGCGUCUCAUCGUAUGAUGGCAGGAAGGAUCGAGGCAAAUACGAGACCGAAAUGAAAAUGUUUCGUAUAUUAUUUUUUUUAAAAAAACCAACAUGAAAUUUUCUCGAGUGGAUAUCAUUCAGCGGGAAUUUCCACACUGAAAUUGCAAAUUCAAAUCGAGAUUAUGGAUCAUCCAAGGAUUUUAUUAUAAAAUAUUCUCAUUUUUUUUUUAUGGGAGAAAUUUGAGAACGGAAACAACAAAGCAGUAUUUUAUAACGAAAUAAUUGUUCUUUCUUUUGUAAUUUGGAA